GACUUAACCUUCUCAUCAGUUCUCAUUUCAAAACAAAACUAUAAACUAUAAACUAUGGCCAUGGCCAUCUCUAUUUCUUUGAGCCUUUUCUUGUUCUUUGCUCUCUUUCUUGGCUAUGGAGUUUUUGAGCUUGAAGCUUCUCAUCAUAUUUACCAAACCCUUCAGAGUCUUGAAUCUGCAACAAGUCAACCUUAUAGAACUGCUUUUCACUUUCAACCUCCAAAGAACUGGAUGAAUGAUCCAAAUGGGCCAAUGAUUUACAAGGGAAUUUACCAUCUGUUCUACCAAUACAAUCCUAAAGGUGCAGUGUGGGGAAACAUUGUAUGGGGCCACUCAACAUCAAAAGACCUAGUUAAUUGGACCCCACAUGAACCAGCCAUUUACCCAUCUCAGCAAGCUGAUAUCAACGGCGCCUGGUCUGGUUCAGCCACAAUUCUGCCAGGUGGCACUCCUGCCAUUCUCUAUACAGGAAUUGACCCAUUAAACCAACAAGUUCAAAACUUGGCCUUACCCAAAAACCCAUCCGACCCAUACCUUAUUGAAUGGGUGAAGUCACCGGAAAACCCACUAAUGGCUCCCACUUCCCAAAACCAAAUCAAUGCCAGUUCAUUUAGAGACCCAACUACAGCUUGGAAAGGUCUCGAUGGAAAUUGGAGAGUAGUCAUUGGAAGCAAAAUUAACACUAAGGGAUUAGCAAUUCUUUACACAAGUAAAAAUUUUGUUAAUUGGGUCAAAGCGAAGCACCCGAUCCAUUCUGCUGAGGGCACCGGUAUGUGGGAAUGCCCUGAUUUUUACCCAGUAGCAAUUAAUAAGAAUACUGGAGUUGAUUUGUCAAAUCUAGGACCCGGCAUUAAAUAUGUACUUAAAGUGAGUUUAGAUAACACUAAACAUGACUACUAUACUAUCGGACAGUAUGAUCAUGUUCAGGAUGUUUACACUCCAGAUACUGGAUCAAUUGAUGGUGAUGGGGGAUUAAGAUAUGAUUAUGGAAAAUUUUAUGCUUCAAAAACUUUCUUUGAUAGUGCUGAGAAUAGAAGGAUCCUGUGGGGUUGGCUGAACGAAUCUUCAAGUGUUGAUGAUGAUAUGAAGAAGGGUUGGGCUGGAAUUCAGGGAGUUCCAAGAGUUAUUUUGCUUGAUAAAUCAAGAAAGCAACUAGUGCAAUGGCCAAUAAAGGAAAUUGAAAAGCUUCGUGUGAAUCCAGUCCACUUGCACAGAAAAGUCCUUAAAGGAGGAUCCUUGCUUGAAGUUUCUGGUGUCACAGCAGCACAGGCGGAUGUGGAGAUUUCAUUUAAGAUAGCAAACAUUGAAAAAGCAGAAGUGCUGAACCAAGAUGUAACUCAGAUGAACCCACAAAUGCUAUGUAGCCAAAAGGGUGCAUCAGUUAAAGGAAGUUUAGGUCCAUUUGGGUUGCACCUAUUUGCUUCAAAAGGAAUGCAAGAGUACACAUCAGUUUUCUUUAGAAUAUUCAAAGUCCAGAACAAAUAUGUGGUGCUCAUGUGCAGUGACCAAAGCAGGUCUUCAUUGAAUCCGACUACUGACAAAACAACUUACGGGGCAUUUUUGGCUGUUGACCCUCUUCAUGAGGAGCUGUCUUUAAGAUGCUUGAUUGAUCACUCAAUAGUGGAGAGCUUUGGUGGGAAAGGAAAGAGCUGCAUUUCAGCAAGAGUUUAUCCAAAAUUGGCUAUAAAUGAGGCUGCCCACUUGUAUGCUUUUAAUAAUGGAAGUCAGAGUGUUACCAUCACAAGAUUGAGUGCUUGGAGUAUGAAGAAGGCCAAAAUCAAUUGAAGAAAAGAAAUGGGGAGUGGGAUUGAGAAUUAAAGAAGCAUGGAUUGGGCAUUGAUUUGAACUAAUAUUUUUAUCAUGAGAAACUUAGCAAUUAUAUUGUCACCUAUUGAUUAUAAUUUUUGGUUAUGCUUGUUAGUCUAUCUGUAAUAUGUCUAUGUGGUGAUAUAAAAAUCUUGGGGAGUUCUAUUUUCCCAAGUAAUGCCAUAAUUAAUAGAAAUCACAUGAGAUUUUUUUUUU